AUGGAUAAUUCAGAAGAAACGAAAAACUAUUUUCGGCAAUAUGAGAGCCAGGUCAUCCUCCUGACCGGGGCCACAGGAAGCCUAGGAGGUUGUCUGCUGCAUAAGUUAGCUUUGCGAUUGCCCACAAAGAAGAUCUAUGCGUUGUGUCGCAAAUCGAUCGGUGAUGCGAUACGGAAGUGGGAGGUGACCAUGCCAGAGCAGAUCGAAGAUAUCCUGGACUCGGGCAAGGUCGAAUUCAUAAUUGGAGAUUUGUCCAAGUCGAGCUUAGGGCUAGAGGCCGCCGUCCACGAAAGAUUGCGCAACGAAGUUACGACAAUCAUCAACACAGCUGCGAACAUCUCCCUCGUCCAGGCCCUUGCAGAUUCGUUGAAAGACAACUGUCAGACCGCUACAGCUCUGUUCCACGCCGCAUCCAAAUUCAAGAACUUGCAGCUCUUCAUCCAUUUCUCGAGCCUAUCGGUGGGCAGUUUCCUCUCCGGAGGUCUCGUUGAGGAGCGGCUCUAUCCCUCGCCGGACGAUGUUUCGGACCCAGAAACGGAUGCUGCAGGGCUCCCAGGGGCAGACCCAUCUAUACUGCUUUCGGACAAUCGAUAUGCUUGGCCGUAUGCUCAGGCAAAACAUCUAGCCGAGCGACUCCUCCUCCGUGAGCCACCACCUGUUCCGGUCCUCAUUAUCCGUCCGUCAGCAAUUGGACCAGCGAUGGCUGAGCCGUUCCCCCUAUAUGGGCCAGAUAGCGCGAUUCCCCUACACCAGAUGUUGCUCACGUUCACGCUGUCCGACCAGGAUAUGGAGCGCGUGGCCACGCACCACGACUUCGAGGAAGUCCCGGUUGACCUUGUCGCUAAUUGCUGCCUCCUCCAUCUCGCACAUCGAACCACUGGUGUUGUUCAUUGUUCUUCUGAGUUGUACGUGACGAGAACAGGCGCAGACGUCCUAUCCACGGCGAGAGAAUGCAUCACGCCGGUGGAGAUGGCGGAGGUGUUUCAGAAGCAGCGAGCUGUGGCGGCGUUCAUGUGGCAAAACAAAUAUCAACUAGACCAGAUUGAUCAGGUGCCGACUUGGACUGUCAAGUGCGAGAGAUCAGUUUACCAGAAGCAACUUACCGGACCGUUGGCGCUUGUUCCGGCUCAACACGAUCCCCAGCAGCACCUGCGGCGGCGGAUUCGAAAGAUGUAUCGCUUUUUAUUAAAUAGCCCAGAUGGACGGCAGUGA